UCUUGAGGCUUAAGCAACAAAGGCAGUUAAGUUAGUUCAGUGUAUUGAGAUCUGAGACAUUAUUAUACAACUGCAACUUGCAGCUCAUGGCUAGAGGUGGCAUCACCAAAUCAACCUUGCUGAUUCUCCGGGGAGCUAACCGAGCAGAGAAUAGGGUCAUGAAGUUCUCAGGGACUACUGCUAAAGCAGCUGCUGCAGAAAGCUCUGAAGAAGAAGUUCCAAAGAUUAGUGGGAAGACAGAGGAUUCUUCAGCAAUCUGGGUUCCACACCCACGCACAGGAAUUUACUACCCAAAAGGCCAUGAGUGUGUGAUGGAGGAUGUUCCAGAAGGUGCUGCUCGUUUUACCCACACUUAUUGGUUCAGAAAUGUUGAUCAUGGUGUGGGCUGUACCAACACCCAACCUUGAUGCUCCACAAUAUUCCCACUAAUAGGUAUCACUAGUUAAUCAAGGGAGAUUCCGUCGUACAAGAAUUAUUCCAUGUUUGGAAAUCAUUCUACUAUACAAAAUUAAUUUUGGAGAGUAGCUUCUAUAUUUUAAAAUUGAGUCUGAGAAUAUAGAAGUUAAUUCAAAUAUACAAGUGUAUCUAUUUCAUGCUUUCAUGUAACCAGAAAAUAAACUUCAUUCAAAUAUAAAUGAGGUUGAAAGUGCAUGUGUAAUGUUGCCUUCACCUUAUCUCAUAAGUCCCUGACAUUUGUAUAUUGUCAUUAUAAAAUAAAGAGUUUUAGUUUAAAA